CGUACGAGGGAAACGUCACGACAAACAACAUCACGGAAAAUGUCAACUACGACCGAGAAGAAGCCUGAGGAUGAUAAGAAGACUCAUUUGACUCACCUCGAGGAGGAUGACGAAUUUGAAGACUUUCCUGCCGAGGACUGGACGGAUGCUGAAGCCGGAGUGAACCUUCCUGGUGGCAAGACUGCUCUGUGGGAGGACAACUGGGAUGACGAUGAUGUCGAGGACGAUUUCUCAAAUCAAUUAAAGGCGGAGCUCGAGAACGUCAAGCAGCAGGCUGGUCAGCCCCAGCCCAUGCAACAGUAAGAUUACUCGUACGGCAGUGGAGGUGAUGUUGCAGGACACCUGUGAGAACGAGAAGGGAAGAACAGGCCGACGGA